GCACUUCCCUUAAUUACUCCCACCACCACAUCUAGUUAAGCUCUUAUUUCUACUUCUAAUCGUUCUUGAUUUCCUGUUGUGAUUGAAAGAGACAUUAACAAUGGCCCCCUCAAAGGUCCUUCUCCUCCUCGGCCUCGCCUUCCUCGCGAUCAUUCUCGUCUCAUCCGAGGCUGUGUCCGCCCGUGAGCUGGCCGAAACCACCGAAACUGGGGAGACUGUGGGGAUGGACCACUAUGGACAUGGUGGACACGGCCACGGAGGCUACGGCCACGGAAAGGGCCACGGAGGCUACGGCCACGGAAAGGGCCACGGAGGCUACGGCCACGGAAAGGGCCACGGUGGCUACGGCCACGGAAAGGGCCACGAUGAUGGGCACCAUUAAAUAUGUGGCCACAAUGAUGGGCACAAUUAAAUAAAAGUACGGGACAAAAGCUAAUUUCCAGCUCCAGUCGAUAUGAGAAAUCACAGGAGUGAUCAUGGAAGUUGGUGUAUACUAUCAUGUGUUUUUGUGUGUGCAUGCGUGUAUGUGUGCGUAGUUUCGUCUAUGCCUCAUGGUGAGAUAAUAAGCUGUGGAAUCACUGUAAUGCCAUUGGCAUGCAAGCAAACAGCAGUCUAUAUGUUAAAGUACGGUUUUCAUUAAAUUAA